CGUCCCAGUCAGCUUAUGUCUGUUGCUCCAGAGAUCCCCAGAAUCUUGGAGAUCUCAACAAGAUGGCUGCUGGUGUGAUACGGUCUGUCUGUGACUUCCGACUGCCCCUACCAUCACACCAGCCCUUCCUGCCCACAGACCUGGAGGUUCCAGAAACUUCUGAAGAAGAGGAGGAGGAGGAAGAGGAGGAGGAAGAGGAGGAAGAAGAGGAGGAAGAAGGAGACCAAGAGCUACAAGGCGAGGGGCCACAGGGCUGCGGCCCAAGCUCCCAGAGCUCAGGAGUGGCCCCCCAGAGUCCCAGCAGCCCCGAGACCCCAAUGCAGCUGCUGCGAUUCUCAGAGCUCAUAAGUGGUGACAUCCAGCGGUACUUUGGACGCAAGGACACAGGGGAAGGCCCAGAUGUCCAAGACAUCUACGCUGACAGCCAACCAGCCAGUUGCUCUGCCCAGGAUCUAUACUAUGCUGACCUGGUAUGCCUGGCUCAAGGUGGGUCCCCAGAGGAUGAGGAUGCUGCUGAGCUCAGGGUGCACUUGCCUGGGGGUCCUGAGGGCCAGGUGCACAGACUGGGCCACAGAGGGGACAGGGUACCACCACUGGGUCCCCUGGCUGAGCUCUUUGAUUAUGGGCUUCGGCAGUUCUCUAGGCCCAAUGUGUCAGCUUGCCGAAGACUGAGGCUAGAGCGGAAGUAUAGCCACAUUACCCCCAUGACACAAAGGAAAUUGCCUCCAUCCUUUUGGAAGGAGCCUGUGCCCAACCCACUAGGCCUACUGCAUCCAGGCACACCAGACUUUAGUGAUCUGCUAGCCAGCUGGUCUGCUGAGGGUGGCUCUGAGCUGCAGAGUGGAGGCACCCAGGCCCUGGAGGGGACACAGCUGGCUGAGGUCUAGUGAGUAGGUGGGUCAGGAGUGUGCCUCAGCAGCAGUGGCCCCUUCUAAGGCACCUAGCAUCUUCCUCUUGUAGCCCAGGCCCCGCUCUAGGUGGUCUAUCUAAGUAGCCAUGCAGUUGCCUCUCCCUCAUGAGAGCAGGCC